AAUUGAUUUAAUCUGCAGUUCUCUUGAGCUUGAGCCUUUAGGAACUGUCAAUUGUGAAUAGGUAUUUUCGUUCUUUCCAUCCUUCUUGUUAUUUUGUUGCCGAAGUCUAGCAUACACGUUUCGUGUCAAACGACUUAAAAAUGCGUUACGUGGCUGCUUACUUAUUGGCCGUUUUGGGCGGAAAAACAUCCCCAAAUGCCGCAGAUCUUGAAAAAAUUCUCGGUUCCGUAGGUAUAGAAACCGAAAGUGAAAAACUUAAUAAAGUCAUUACUGAACUUAACGGCAAAUCCAUCGAAGACGUUAUUGCCCAAGGUCGUGAAAAAUUAAGUUCCAUGCCAAGUGGUGGUGCUGCCCCUGCGGCAAGUGCUGGUGCUGCUGCCGCCGCUCCAGCUGCUGAAGAAAAGAAAGAGGCGAAAAAGGAAGAAAAGAAGGAAGAGUCUGAAUCAGAAGAUGACGAUAUGGGCUUUGGUUUAUUCGACUAAAAACCUUUUUUUGUACCUUGAAAUAUAUUUUUUAAGUUA